AGUUGCAUAAAAAAUAGUUGCUUUCUUGAUAUACAGCUUUUUUAAUUAUUUUAAAUGUUGCUUUUUUGAUUAUUCAACACAUAAUUUACAAUCCCACCUCUAGGAGUGUAGAUCAACCAGCUGCCCAAGCCCAUCUCUAGCGAUAUGGAUGGUGGUUGUGGGUCGUGCUCUAUAACAUGUAUAGGUAUUUGUUGAACAUUUCUUACAUCGGCACGACUUUUCGGUAAGUGCGUCGAAUUGUGGAAAUUAAUUGUUGAAGCAAGACUUACCACCCCUACAGUGGUAUUCAAAAGACGGUGAACAAGCUGGAGCAGUCCCGCCUGGACACAAAGUCCAUACAAGGCUGUUUGGAGCUGGCGUUGCAGGUUUUUCACCCAACAAACGAAAUACACACCGUGCUGUCCAGUCGACGCCGGUGUACACGCCCUGCACUCCACGGUGCAGGUGGACUUGGAGCGGCCUAAUGGGCAGCCCUAUGAUACAACUAUAUUAACUGGUGUGCUCAACCGAACCCUUAACAAACAGCGUCUUCCCAUCCGAGUGCUCAGCAGUAAGUUGGUGGCCAACUCCUUCCACUGCCGCUACGACGCCAUUGGACGAACCUAUCUCUAUCGCUUUGCCGUGGCAAAGGUACCAACCCUGGGAGAUUGCAGUCUCCGGAAUAGGUCGUUCGAGACCUUUAUACCAGUUGAAGAAAUCGAUCGUUGUUACUUUCUGCAAUCUUCUAGCUUCGAUAUCAAAAGAGUCCAGGCUGCAGCUCGAAUGUUUAUCGGCGUCCACGACUUUCGAACUUUCAUGAGUGUUAGCCGACAGAAAGUUUGUCGGGAUCACCCAAUGUUUACAGUGCGCAAAAUCGACGAGAUUAAUAUUCGUCCUGGUGAAACACGUGCAUUGUCUUCGAACGCUAUUCAGGCCGCUGAAACAUAUAAUUAUUGGGACAUCGAGAUCAGGGCUAAAUCAUUUCUUUACAAACAAGUAAGGCGCAUUGUCGGCGCGCUAAUCGCUUUGGGUAACGGACGUAUCGACGAGAGGUGCCUAUAUCAGAUGCUCACCGUUCCCUCGAAGAAUUCUUGGGAUCACCGUGUGCUCCUGGCUCCAGCCUGUGGGCUUUACCUUUGCAGAGUGCACUACCGAGAAACGGACAUUUAAUACCGCUAUGAUACUGCUGUAUGAGCUGCAAAGGCGAAUGGGCAACCUGAGACCCACCGCCACGGUUGUGACCACCCCCACCGGUGUACGCUACAUUGAGCGAAGCACUUCAUCCGUCUGCGUGGAGGACAUUGCGCACUGCUCCCAGCAACUGGAUCCGCGUGAAUACGGCUUUGUCGUGGAUACCAAGCCGGACUCUGUGCCCGCCUGCAUUCUGAGCGACUUUCUCUACCUGGGCUCGCAGGAUGCAGUUAGCGCGGAUAACAUCAUAAAAUAUAAGAUAACUCACAUCCUGAGUGUCGGCAUACAGACGCCCGAGGUGGAGUGGCCCUUACCCGUAAAUUGUACAUUUUUGCCCUGCCUGGAUCUGCCGGAAACCAACCUGAUGAACUACAUCUUGCCCGCGUCAAUGGAGUUUAUUGAAGAUGCGCACAGAUCGCAGGGUUGCGUGCUCGUCCACUGCAACGCAGGCGUUUCGCGAUCCCCCUCUGUGGUAAUCGGUUAUUUAAUGCAGCGCCGUGACAUGUGCUACGAAGAUGCAUACAAUCUGGUAAAAUCAUGGAGACCGUGUAUUCAGCCCAAUGCGGGAUUCAUACAACAGUUAAAGAGGUCUGAUUAAUAGUUUAUGAUACUGCAUAUGAUAAGUAAUUAUGAAUGUUGUUCUGUUUUUUGUUUGUGGGUUUUAGUUACUAAUCCACAUUUGUUGUACAACACAACGAUAUUAUCCACUAAACUCUCAAGUUUUAAACAU